AUGAGCGAGCAUUACGUAAGAACAAAAGCUAGAAUGAAGGAUCUCAUUGAAUGGACGCUGUCGCGACUCGCGCUCGACUCACUCCAUUCAUGGCACGCACUCAUCGACGCUGACCUUCCAUGCCCAUGUGGUUAUUUAGCGGCGGAUCGGUCGAGCCGCGAGCGAGGGAGUGCAAGAGGCGCGGGUGAGGGCGCGGGAGAGGGCGCGGGCGAGAGGCGGUCGACCUUCCGUGAGGCCGUCCGCUGCCUCUAUUACGGGCCGCUCGGAGCGACGGCAAGCAGCGCAGGAAGCCACCUUAAUCACCGACACAACCGACACCGCUCCAACAAUCACACAUCUCUGACGUCCCAAACCAUGCCAGCAUCUCGCCGCCGCGGGGCAUAUUCGCGAUUUAUAUUCAGUCGUUUAAAA